AUGCAACCAGGGAAACUGACCCUACAUGUUGAUCUUUGGGGCGACAAUGCGGCAUCGGAACGUCGAACUAGUGCAUUGAGAUUAUUCAUUCGUGUAGAUUGUGUAUUUGUACCAGACUCUCCUGCCUUUAGUGUUGGGGAAUCUGACGACUGGAUUGUUGGCCUUGGUGUUGGUAGGGUCGUCAUAGCGGCCCCUUCCACAGCGUUCAGUAAGAAAGAGCUGAAAUACCACUCUGAGAAAUUCUGUUCAACGCUAGUUUCGGCGACGACACUGACGUCGAGAAUCAAGUUCGAUGUGACACUGUCCAUUUUAAGAUUCAAGUCAACCAUGGACUUCUUCUCUGGCGAAUUGUGGGAUACUCCAGCAACAAAGUAG